UGCGGCUCAGUCCACAAGCCAGGUUUCCUUGGCAACGAGACGCGGCUUGACAUCAUGGCGGACUUCCUGCACUGGAACUGCGAGACGGUCUCGGAAUGGAUCGAGUCCCUCGGUUUCCCUCAAUAUAAGGAGUGUUUUACAGAUAACUUCAUUGAUGGUAGAAAAUUAAUCUUUAUUAACUGCUCCACACUUCCUCGAAUUGGCAUAACAGAUUUUGAAGACAUGAAGGCAGUUUCACGACACAUCAGGGAGCUUCUAGAAAUUGAAGAGCCCCGUUGGGAACGAAGCAUCGCACUGCCACGUCGGGACACGAAAGGACUGUUUCUGGAAAGGAAGAGUCAGACGGGACAGAAAGCAGACAAACUCACCUACGACUUGUUUAUUAAGGAGAUGGAGACAUAGUCGGAGCCGGACUUCCAUUUCCCUUCAGAUUCCAACAAACCUUUCGUGUUAUUCUUUUAAACUGCGUUGAAUGUUAAUUAAAUUAAUUCUUUGUUUUUGUAAGACAUUUAAAACUGUCCCACAUAUGGUGUGAAAUCCAUUUGAAAGCAUAAUCCUGUUUCCACUGUUCCAUUUAAAAUCAACAAGAAACAAGUUGUAGUGUUUAGCUAAAGAAAGACUUAAAAGUUUACAGAGUCCGUCAGCACAGCACAGCACAGCACAGCAGCAGAGUGUCAUUUCUUUCCAUUGAUGUUCCUAUAGAAGCUGCCUUGCCCUUUCACAUUCUUUUUACAUCACAGAAUUUCCUUCAUUAACAAUAAUAAUUCUUUACAUUUAUAUAAUGCUUUUCUCGCAACACAAUGUAAGUUAACAAAUUGAAUUUAAAAAACUUAAAGCUAGGAGUCAAAGGAGAGGGUGCAGUCUGUGAAAAAUGUAAAAAGAAGUGAAAAAAACGUCAAAUGAGUGCAAUUAAUUAUUUAACCCUUUAUUUGUCGAAGAACAGUACUAAAGUAAAAGCCAUAGUCUCCCUUUCUUACACUAUGCAACCUCAA